UCAGCAGUGCCACAUCACAGUGCCACAUUUGCAGUGCCACGUCAGCAGGACACGACAGCUACAGUGCCACAGCAGAUAAGUGCCACCUCGGCAGGGUCCCGACACCAUGACGGGCCCAGCCCCGGGCAUGGCGGGCCAACUGGCCAAUGAAUCCAUCUCCGACUACAAGCUGCAGUUCUACGCCCAGCUCGCAUUGAUCGAGGCUGAAGAACAGCGGCAGCUGGCAGCCGAGACGGCCCGCCUACAGGCCGAAGCUGAGGCAGCAGCAGAGAAGCUGCGACUACAGACCGAAGCAGAUGCAGAUGCCCAGGCUCGCCGCAAGGAAGCCCAGGAUCUGUUGCAGCGGCAUGAAGCCAGCAGCAUCGAAUCAGGAGGAACAACACAAGGAGUUCCUCUCCAAGCUCGUGACYCGGUUGUUGUAUGCGUGCAACUACCAACGGUCCGAGUUGGAGAAGCAGAACCUGGAACUACAGAACCUGCACCAGGCUCUGCAGACACAGCAACAAGAGUUGGUGACUCUCUGCGCAUGGUGCAUGAUCACGACAGUGCUACACGGGCACUCAACGGCCGUGUCACGGACCUGGAGCAAUCUGCACCAGAUCCAGACGCAGUCGCGACCAGCAGUGCACCAUCAAACCACCAGCUGGAACAACGCAUGGACCACGUGGUGGCAAUGCUGGGUGACCUUACCACCUUCACAACACCAGCCACCAUUAGCCAGCGGUUCGAGGAGCUGGAUGCCAAGCUCGGGCAGCAACAGCAGCCMUCCGAGCACAGCAGCAGCUCGCCGAAGCCGUACAAGAUGCCAAAGUUCCAGAUUGAGAGAUUCGAUGACUACAUGCAUCAGAAUCCRGUAGUCUGGUGGCAAGGAUUCUCGACGGAGUUGGGGAUUCAUCAGAUUCCCAAGGACAUGUACAUCAGCGCUCUGUUCCUCAAUGUGAAAGGAGCAUGCCAGAUCUGGUUGAGCCACAUGGCCACAAUGCACAGCGUCGAUGUGGCAGAGCUGUACAAGAAGAUCACCAAGGAAGAAAUGACAAAGGAAUGGAAGAAGCGGUUCAUCGUCGACGACGCGCCUGCACAGGCCGUCAACCGCAUCUUCACAAYGGCACAGGGCAGCAGUCUGACACGGGACUGGCUCACGGAAUGGCAGAAGAUUGUGGCGACGCCCGAUCUGGAUCUACCAUUCACGCAUCUGCGGCGCUCUGUGUUGGUCCUCCUUUUGGCAGGAACAUCAUGGCACACUGAUAUCUGCCCUUCAGGCUCUUAACCUAGACUUAUACUGGCGUACAUUCAGGCCCUGGACCAUCAUAUUACCUAAUGGAAAGCUACCGGACCCUUCCAUGCCCAACUGGCUUGCUGGACAAUCCCUACCAGGCUUCUAUCAAAUUCUACUCGUGUCCCUGGCGCUACACUACCCCCAAUAUGUCCUACCACCAACAUUUCUGUCCUGCCCCUGGCCUUAUCCCUAUUACUAUGCUGUCCCUGUUUGAGUCACAGUUACACACCAAGGCCAACAGAGGUAGCACAAGAAACCAGACUUGGACUCAGGCAGGCACACAACACACACGUGUUAGUGAUAGACCACACACACAGUAUUACACACUUAGGAAAAAAAACAUAGCAAAUCACAGCAGAAUAGACUCAAUUCGGAAUUCUCAGAAAACAGAUAAAAGAUACUGCAUCUC